AUGGCUGCACAACAACAAGAACUAGAUGAGAAGAACCCAUUCUAUGAGUUAGUAGUCAUUUGCAGUACUUCGGGUCAAUUUGACCAAACCGUAAAUUCGUUCAAAGAUAUUAUAAAAAAGUCUAAGUUAGUAUGUAUAAAAGACUCUGAGUUGUUAGAUUGGAUAAAGAAGUACCAAAGAAGAGUUUUGAAGUACAAUGCUAUAAAUGAGUAUAUAAACUCGAAGUUUAAAGACCCAAAUGAGGAAAUGCAGAGAAUAUUAGAGAAGAAACACUUCAGAAACAAACAGAAAGAGAUUGAGUACAUUUCGAAGAAAUUGCAAUCUUACGAUUGGAAGACUUACCCUCACAGAUGUCUUCUUAUCUUAGAUGACUUUGCUUCUCAUCCUUUGUUAAAGAACAGAGAACAAGACAUGUGUCGAAUUCUUAAGAAGCUCAGACACUUUAACAUUUCAGUUGUCAUUUGUGUACAGACAGCCAAGAGUUUAAGUAAGGAUGUAAAGAGAAUACUUACUGAUAUCAUACUUUUCCCCGGAUUGUCCGAAGACGAUUUCAUGGAACUUAUGAAAGAGUCCAUGGCAGGUAAGUUUGACAGACAUGAACUAUGGGAGAAGUACAAAGUCAUACAAGACCCUCAUACUUCUUUCAGAAUUCACAUCUACGCAAACAAAGUUCAAAUUGUAAAAAGUCAAGCGUAA